AUGAGUUUGGUAUCGUCAAUUUCGCCCCUCCCUCCUCUCCUUUUCUGUCCGCCCAUUCAGACGACGCUUUGGCGGCCCGCGCCUUUGAAAUGCCCGUCCAUUCGUGUGCUCGGUAUCGCCACGUCAUUCAGCCAAGAUGUGACGCGUGAAGCUGCCACGCGCAACGCUCGAGGCCUGGUGGGCUCACUGUGUAAAAUUCCUUCUUUUCCUGUGCAUAGCAGCAGGACGCCCAGACGCGCCUGUUGUUCAGGGCGCCACAGCACCGCUCUCAACCGCACCAACCCCAGCAAGUCCCUCCCUUGUGACGGACGCAUGAGAGCGGUCAACUGUCAAGAGCGGUGGCACACGCUGGCAUUCCUUCUAGCCGUGUCAGAGGGAGAUGGCUCACCUGCUACUGGGAUUGCAGCUGACGUGGCAUGCAUCAGCAUUCUAGGACCAGGGCAGGCAUUUGCUUCAGCGGAAGCACUUCUUGGACUCACCAGGUGCUUCACUCCACCACUCCGCACCUCCACUUACUCAUCCCUCUCGUAA